UAGAGAAAUAUUCAACAUGACUUCAAAAAAAUGGAUAAUCAAUUAUAUUAUAUUAGUACUAUUUUUCAACUUGAUUGGUUUAUUAUAUAUUUUUGGAGUAGCAAAAUAUAUUACUGAUUUUGAAGAAAAUACAUGUGAAAUGACGUACAUGUUUGAAUAUCCGCAAUAUGUGAGGAUAUUUUUAAAGAAUGAUUUAGAAGAGAAAUAUCCGCGAUUUGCAUUAUAUGCCUAUGGGGAAGGUUUUGCCACAGAGAAAUUGAGAAGAAUGCAUUUUUCUGGAAUUCCAGUCCUUUUUAUACCAGGAAAUGCAGGAUCUCAUCAACAAGUACGAUCUAUUGCUUCAGUAAGUUUAAGGAAGAGUUUAAAAAACAGGACACCAUUUCAUUUUGACUUUUUUACUGUUUCAUUUAACAAGGAUUAUUCUGCAUUAUAUGGAGGUGUGCUUAUGGAGCAAACCAUUUAUGUAUCGCAUUGUAUAAAGACAAUAUUAUCCUUGUACAAGGGUAAAAUGGACAGUGUCAUAUUGAUUGGACAUUCUAUGGGUGGUAUUAUAGCAAAAGGAGCCCUUUUAUUGGCACCGAAUAUGAAUGCUUCCUUAGCAAGCAUGAUAAUAAAUUUGGCUACUCCUCAUACUCCUGUCUUGGCUCUUGACAAUUCGUUUGCCAAUUAUUAUCACAACUUGGAAAACCGUUUAGGCAUGAUUAAAGAUGCGGGAACAAAAGUGGUGUCCAUCGGGGGCGGACCACGCGAUAUACUCGUAACUGCUGCACAAACUCUCGAUCGUACAGCAGAUAUUAACGUUCUUUCGACGAGUGUGCCUGCUGUCUGGAAAUCGACGGAUCACUUGAGCAUUCUAUGGUGCAAGCAAUUGGUCUUUGCGAUCGUACGUUCUCUAUUUGACUCUGUAAACAUGGAGAAACCGCAUAGAAUCACGUCAAAUCCCGACUUGAAAAUGCAGGCCUUGUUCUAUCACUUUUUACAACAUAGUUCAGGUAAAAAGCUAUACCACUACAAAGAGCAGUUUCAUUUCGAUACUGAUAGUGAGUGGAUCAAUGUUAUGCCUCAACAGUAUGUCUGGAACAAUAAGAAUAUAUCUAAAAGGUCUUUUACUGUGUAUCUUAUGGUAGAACUAUCCCGCAAAUCUGACUUUUUAACAAUCGAUGCAAUAAACUUGGAGAACAAGGAUUGGUUGUUUGGAUGUACAGCAUCCAAAAAGCAGGAGCAAAGGAAAAUUUGUGAAUGGGGUUGGAACUUGACGAAUAGAACGAGAAUUUUACCGGAUCCUCUACAUCGAACAAGAAGGGUCGUCGAUUUAGACCUAAAAAAAAUUAAUUAUCCGGCUAUCACACAUAUUGUAGUGAGAGUAACUCCAAACGAUUUGAAUAAACAUUUAAUGAUCAGCUUCGAUUCGUACUUGUACGAGAGUCGAGUUGAGUCGACGAACAAGUUCAUGCGUCUAGAUUAUCUUCUUGAUUUCCGCAAGUCUGAUUACAUUAAAACUGGCAAAGGCAACGUAAGAUAUUACGUGGCGCUCCCCAACAUUAUAGAUGCGGUCGCGAUCGAAGUGAAAUCAGUGAAUUGCAUCAAUACCAAGCAGCACACUAUCGCCGAACUGGUAGAACCGUGGAACAUAGGAGCCACUCAGUUAAGAUUUUUCACGAACACGGAUGACGGUCCAAAAACGAUGAAGAUUCAGACUCUCUACGGGCGUCCCAAUGAAACGGCGAGUCUGAGACUGACAUUGGAUCCGGAAUGUCUUUACGCGAUUAAAGUUCGACCAGGUGGAAUCAUCGAUAAGAUCUCUUGUAGAGUACGGGAUCGUUGGCCGUUGCUUUAUAUAGCAAUCAUCAGUUUACUCCUGCUUUUCUUAUCUGCAAGAGUACAUCGAGAGUCCGACACUCUGCCGGUGAUAAUCGUGACUGUUGUAUUAUCCUUCAUCUUUAAUGUCACUUUCGAAACCUGCGUUGCUUUAUGUAUCAUCGGCCUAUCCGCUGCCUAUGUGUGCUUCUCAGUCAUAUUUCUCGGUUCCAUCAUAAAACAUGGAAUACUCACUAAAUUCCUAGCACGUGCGAUAGCUUUUUCUACCACAUGGAUGGACUGGUUACUGCAUGGUUUAAAUGAGAUACCAUUACUUACGACUGUUCUUAUAGUGUCUUUAACUAUGACAACAUGUGGAGCUUUAGCUAUGAUCGUCUCGGUGUUGCUUUACUACGUGAAAUUAACGAGGAUGUAUGAGGACUAUUUGGAAGAGUUAUUAAUGGCUUCACUCCAGCAUUUUGACUGGUUGAAACGUUUUAAGUUUACAGGAAGCAGAGAAAAAAGUGACAGAAGUCAAGAGAUAUAUAAUCAUCUCGUUCUGUUUUUACUGUGGAGUUUUGCUGCAAUACCAGCAAUCCCGUCCGUCUUAGUAUGGGCGAAAAAUUUUAGCUACGACAUGAGACUCACCACGGAGGACUCUGUACUUUUUAUAAGUUGGAUGAUAUUAGCUAUGUAUUACGCGUUGGGUGCAAAAUUUAUUCCUAAUCAUAAGGGAAAUCGUUCACUUAUAUUAAGUAGUAUAAUACGUCUAACGAGCUGGAUCGUUCUUUCGAUGACUGCGGCACCGCGUCCAUUUUUUUAUCAUUGGUGCAUGUCACCUAUCGUAGCCAUGACAAUGAUGCUUAUUGCAUUAAAUUCAUUAAUUCCCUAAAGUCUGAUUCAAAUAAUAAUUGGAAAAUAAUUGUUUUUUUUUCUUUAAUCGUUUAUCGUUAAUAUGGCAUUUAAGACAGUAUUGUAUACAUUAUGUCACAUAAUUUACAUAAUAUAUUACUUCGUUAAGAAACUAUUAUUAACUUAUAAUGCAAUCGAUCGGAAAAUUUAUCUUGUUCUACAGGCUCAUUGACCGACUAAAUUAAAACUAGCAACAGCUGUGUUGUAGCAUGCAAAUAUUAAGUUAUACGGAAAUAGUCGAAGUACACGAUUAUAGCGUAUAGAUUUAUCUCGAUGUAAUCCAUUUAGUAUACGUUUACGAUGUUUCAAUAAUAAUUAUAACAUGACCAGAAAAAUACCUAUGUACUAUAACGCAAGUCUGAAUCCUGAGCUUAUUGUGAUACGUAGGUAUAAAGAAGAAAACGAGUAUAAUUUAUGUACAAGUCCUCUUGAGAUUGAUAUAAUUUAUUUGUUAAGA